AUGGAGGUACACACGACCAAGCUCAUGGAUCCAUCUCAAACAAAGGAGAUGGAAAACUAUGACGAUCAAGAAGAAACCCCAGAGCAAGGAAAGGCUCGACAUGACGUAGAACGAGAUAAUAGGCAGGGACGAAGAGCAGAGAGGAAGAAUUUGCUCAUUGACAUCACCGAAGAGGAAACCCCUGGUGUUUAUGCGAAGGAACGUAUCAACCACUAUUCACGCUUACAAUCAGCCUGUGACUCGGAUUGGAACUUCAUUUGGGGUGAACGUGGUGACUUUGUUGAGCACGAUGCACAACUUAUGCCACUAGAAGCGCGUGUAGAUUGGUCUGGCUUGAUGCAACUGGGAUCCACAACCUCUGAAGACUACUUGAAUCAGAUACAAAAGUAUUUAGCGAGAUAUCGUAAUGGGAAUUACAAUUAA